AUGGCGGACAGGGCUGAGAUGUUUUCCCUAUCCACUUUCCAUUCCCUCUCUCCCCCCGGCUGCAGGCCAGCCCACGACAUCAGCCUGGAGGAGUUUGAUGAUGAAGAUCUCUCUGAAAUCACAGAUGACUGUGGGAUUGGACUCAACUAUGAUUCUGAUCCGUACGAGAAGGACUCCCUCAUUCUGGAGAAGAAUGACAUGCACCACCCAGUCUGCUCCUUCCAGGAUGACUUCCAAGAGUUCGAGAUGAUUGACGACGAAGAUGAGGAUGAUGAGGAGGAAGAGGACGAGGAUGAAGAGGUUGACCCAGAUGCACCACCGUCCCCCUCUGCCUCCCCUCCUCCCUCCCCUACUCUUGGCACUCUGAAGAGCAGACCCACCACACUGAACCUCACCACUGCUGUGUCGCAGGAUUCACUGAAUAACAACAGUAGUCUGUCUCCAAAGAAAGGAAGCUGGCAGGACUCGUUACGCAACCCAGCCUCACAGGGCCGGCUGUCUCCAACCCACUCAUGUCUGGAGGAUGGUAGCCAUGUGACAGGCCAGUGCCCAACCUCUCCAGUUUCCCAGGCACCCGGGUCUCAGAGCAAAGGUACUCCACCAAAUCAGGCAGGGGAGGGCGGGAACCCCCAGUCACCUCACAGGCCCCUCCUUUGCGACAUGGAGGGCAACAGGCGGGAGAGGCCCGAAUACGGAUCAUUUGGUCAACACAAGUCCCACCCUUGCUCUGGCAGUGUCACCGAGCCAAAAGCAGACCCUUCAAUCCAGACAGCAAGGGUACCUUCUGUAGACGAGCACUCUCAGUGUUCAGACACAGAGGUGGACCAUGACCUCAACAGCGGCCACAACCACAAACACUCAAACCGGUGUGCUACCGACACCUACACAAUCACCAGCGAGUCAGGUAUGGAGCCGGAGAACGACCUAGACCCAGAUGGAACCAGCCGCUGCUUGUCAUCCACUGCACCCAUGGGAGUCAACGACGGUGCCGAUACACCCUUGUCUGAUGAGGAUUUGGAUAAGGACUUUGAAGUGGAGUUCAUGUGUAAGGAGACCUACGAUAUGGUGUGUAAGGAGUCAUCGUACGUGGAAUUCCCCUGCAUUGAACCCUCUGAGCCCGCCUCCUUCUCCAGUUAUGUGUCCUCCAGCCGCUCGGAUGCUCUUGACCAGUCCAACAGUUCAAAUACUCCAGCUUCUGCCAUGGAGGCAGGAGCCAACGACUCCACCUCUCCAUCCUCAGACCCAGGGAUAGCGGAUAUGAAUCAGCAGGGAUACUUGACUUCAGACCAGGACAAGGACCUCAGCUCUCCAGGCUCUGACUCUGACAUUGAAGGGGAGCUGGAGGCAGCGUUUGCCUGUGGAGGUCCUGUGGUCUCCAACAUGAUCUCCUCUAUCUCAGAGACAGAGCUGGACCUGACCAGUGAUGACAGUAGCAGUGGACGCUCGUCUCACCUCACCAACUCCAUUGAGGAGGCCAGCUCGCCUACAUCAGACCAGGAGCUGGACCCAGAUACAGAGUUAGAGCAAGACAGUGGCAUCGUGGGACUGAAGGCAUCUCUACUUCUGGGCCAGCCUGACCCAAUCAAAGAAGGGUCCCCUCUACCCUCUCCUUCCCCCCUACCCUCACCCACUAUUGCUACACCAUCCCCUGUUGACUCACCCAUCUUACCGCCUGAGGCCUAUGAUGAUGGUCAAGCUCUGAUGGGGCUGCAGAAUGUGGACGAUGAGCUGUCCUGUGAACACCAAGCUGACCCAGAUGAGACUCUGCCUCCAGCCCAACGCUGCGAAGACAGCCUGUCCAGACAGAUGGUGCUGCAGAUAGAACCAGACCACAGUCUAGAGUGCUUCAAACGCUCCUUCUACCUGCCAGUGGGACCCAGGCUAAUGCCCAGUGCAGACGAAUAUGAUGGAACCAGUGAGGGGGACUCUGAAUCAGAAAGUGAAGAUGACCUGAGCGAGAACUCAGACUCUCCCUGGCUGCUUAGCAACCUGGUCAACAGGAUGAUCUCAGAGGGCUCGUACCCAAUCAGUUGUCCCGAGGAGUGCUUCAAGAGGAAGGUGUCUGUGUCGGACACCAUCUCACCAUCCUCAGACAUCGGAGAUGGAGAUGGUUUCAAUGACGAGGACCAAGAGAAGAAAGCAGGGAUGGAGGGAUCAGAGGAGGAGGAGAAGGAAGGUGAAGGGUACAGGAAGGAUAGGAUGGAGCCAGGAGACAGGAGGAAGAGUGUGGAGUCUUCAAAUGGAGGAGCAGUGAUCAAUUCCUGUCUCUAUAUGAGCAACCCUACCAGUGACACCAUAGCCCCUCUAACUUUGGAGCGCUGUGCAAACAACGGGAGGGGAACCACAGAUUUCAACUCUUUGUAUAUGACUAAAGACUCUGAGAAGAACUUCACAGACAAAGCAUCUAAGAAUGCUAGGAGACAAGAGGAAGACGAAGAGCCCAAUAAUGACUUGAUGAUGCUAGAGGGGAGGAAGGAUCUGGACUCACCAAGCCUUAGUGAGAGUGUGGUCAGCGACAAGGAUGAAGGACGAGAGACUGAUCCCAGGCCAACGAGCCGCUCCUCUGCCUCUCUUGAGCGCAUCACCGAGGUUAAACACAGCCUGACACUGGACAUACCCACGGCCCAGACAAACCGCUGCUUCAGCCUCACCUACUCCACAGAUAAUGACGAAGAAGAGGAGGACGACGGGGACUCUUACCCAUUCUUGGGUGACUUGCGGAAACACUCCUACAGGGGUAGUGAUUUAGAGCUCGACAGUUCACCGCCCAUUGAUUGUAGUGUUCAAAACCAUCCUUUAUCUGACCAUGACCUCCCACUGUGUGAGAAAGAUCUGGCUCUCAGGCAGCCGAAUGAAGAUGAUGGACUGGCCUAUGACUCCAUGAAGUACACGCUAGUGGUGGAUGAAAACACCACACUGGAACUUGUUAGCCUCAGAAGGUGCACCUCCGUUCUGAGUGAUGACAGUGAGCUCUCCACGCUAUGUGAUGAGGAGCCGUUGGGAACGGCAGAGGUGGACUACGGUCAUGAUGAGGAGGAGGUGAGGCCAGAACUUCUCAGUUCUUCUGAGGACUCCUCCCCUGAGGCUGACCUCCCAUUCUCCAAGAAGUUCCUCAAUGUUUUUGUCAACAGCACCUCCCGGUCCUCCAGCACAGAAUCCUUUGGACUUUUCUCCUGUACCAUCAACGGAGAGGAGAGGGACCAGACACACAGGGCAGUCUACAGGUUCAUUCCCAGACAUGCAGAUGAGCUGGAGCUGGAUGUUGAUGAUCCUUUAUAUGUGGAGGAGGAAGAGGACGACUACUGGUACCGAGGCUACAACAUGCGGACAGGGGAGAGGGGCAUCUUCCCUGCUUUCUAUGCCCAUGAGGUCAUAGGCCAGUCUAAGGAGUUGUUGGGCAUGAAAAGGAAUCCAGCGUGGAUCGAGACGUUCAGCGUUCAGUUUUUGGGGUCUGUUGAGGUGCCUUAUCACCAAGGCAACGGCAUUCUCUGCGCCGCCAUGCAGAAGAUUGCGAUAUCGAGGAAACGGACGGUACAUGUGCGACCUCCUUCCCUGUGCGAGUUGGAGAUUAGCUUGCAAGGAGUGAAACUGAUCAUGAGCCUGGAGGAUGAAUAUGACACCCUCGACGAGUACGACAGAUGUAGUCACUUCUUCCAGAUGAAGAACAUCUCGUUCUGUGGAUGCCAUCCGAGGAACAACUGCUACUUUGGCUUCAUCACUAAGCACCCGAUGCUGAACAGAUUUGCUUGCCACGUGUUUGUAUCCCAGGAGUCCAUGCGACCUGUAGCAGAGUGUGUUGGACGAGCCUUCCAGGAGUACUACCAGGAACAUCUGGAGUACGCCUGCCCCACUGAGGACAUCUACCUGGAGUAAGAAGUGUUGCCAUGACGACCACCU